AUGAUUACGAGGGGAGAAGAAGGUGCUCAGCUGUCCGCAUUUAUAGAGUCAAACAAAGAAGAUGGAGAUAGAACAGUAUGGUCCAAAAAAAUUGAAGGCAUGCUUUCCUUUCUGGGACUGUGUGUGGGACUCGGAAAUCUGUGGAGGUUUCCUUACCUAUGUAUGCGAAAUGGAGGUGGGGCGUUCCUUAUUCCAUUCUUGCUGUGCUUGCUUUUCUGUGGUUUCCCGUUGUUUUUCUUGGAAGUGAGUUUAGCUCAGUUCACAGGCAAAGACGCACUGCACACCUGGGAAGUUUGCCCAAUUUUUCGAGGUAUUGGACACGGAAUGGUCAUUGCCACUUUUGUGAUGACAUUUUACUACAACGCUAAUACAGCAUGGAUCAUGUUUUACCUCGGGAACUCCUUCAUUACCCCUCUUCCUUGGAGAAGCUGUGACAAUGACUGGAACACAGAUUUCUGUGUUAGUUCUAGGUCAUUCAACGCAUCAGAAUCUGCGACCAACUUCACACGUGGCAAUUUGUAUGACGAAACCAGAUUGACGACAGCAAAUAUCAGUUACCUGCAAAAUUCAAAUGUGACAUUCCCCGAUGGGCAAAUCAAACAUAAAUAUAUUACAGCUGAAGAGGAAUUCUGGCAGUAUAGAACCCUCGAGAUAUCUAAGGGGAUAGACGUCCUUGGUCACAUACCAUGGCACUUAGCUGUCUGUUUCCUCGCCGCGUGGACGUUGGUGACUCUGUGUCUGAUAAAGGGAGUGAAAUCCAUGGGAAAGGUAGUAUAUCUGACUGCAACGUUGCCAUAUGUACUAUUGACGGUUAUCCUGAUACGAGCCAGUUUUCUUCCUGGAGCUACAGAUGGGAUGUUAUUCCUUUUAAGUCCCGAUUUUGAGAAAUUAGGACAACCUCAGGUUUGGGUAGAAGCUGCUUUACAAGUGUUUUACUCCCUUUGUCCGGCCUGGGGACAACUGAUGACAAUGGCUAGUUACAACACGUUCCAUAACAAUUGUUACAGGGACUCCAUUAUACUUACCAUCCUUGGGGAAGGUACCAGUAUAUACGGCGGGUUUGUGGUGUUUGCUGUGAUUGGAUACAUGGCCCACGACGCCAAUUUACCUAUAGCUACUGUAGUGAAAUCAGGUCCUGGUUUAGGGUUUGCGGUAUAUCCAGAGGCUCUAGCUAAACUACCUCUUCCAAACCUAUGGGCCGUGUUGUUCUUCCUAAUGUUGCUUUGUGUGGCUUUGGAUAGUCAGUUUGCUUGCGUGGAAAUGGUGAUAGCGGCAGCCAUGAAUCAUUUUCAAUCACUGCGGAAGAAGCAACUUGUAAUGACCAUUUGUGUAUCCAUGGCCUUGUUCUUACUUGGACUAUUCUUCUGUACACAGGCCGGGAUAUACGUCUACCAAAUAUUAGACUGGUAUGUUGCUGUGUCCUUACCCAUCCUUGGUUUUAUCGAGUGUAUCAUAUUUGGAUGGAUAUACGGGGCAGAACGGUUUUCAAAAGAUGUGAACAUGAUGCUUGGUCGUCAAAUUCCUGUGUUUGUUCGGAUAUGCUGGUGUUUUAUAAACCCUAUCGUACUUCUGGUACUCUUUGUGUUCACAUUUGUAUCAUACGAGCCCCCAACAUACGGAGACUAUGUGUACCCAUCUUACGCUAAUAUCAUUGGAUGGUUGAUAGGAAUGCUUCCCAUAGUACCCGUGGUUUUGGUUGGAAUCAUGACCGUCUUGAAAACCCCUGGACAGUCAAUGUUCGAGAAAUUUAAAGCGUCUUUCAAACCCUCACCAUACUGGAAACCUAUAUCUAAAAAGCAUGCAAUGGACUAUCACAGUGACAACAGCACGGCGUCACUCGGACUCUUGGAACAAAUGAAACUUAAUAUUUUGGGGAAAUAG